AUGUUGUCUUUAGACCUGAGCGGGUGCAAGAAAAGGAAGAGAGGCGAGAGGGUUUUCAGGUUCAAGAAUUUUGGGGAACCAGGACACCCCGUUGAGUUCGACGGCCCGUUUCGGACAAACAUCAAGUCCCUGUUUGAGUGCGGGCAUUUGGAGAGCAGCUUAUGCAGCAAAAUGCCGAGUAGGUCUUUUCAAUUGGAAGUCCAUCGCCAUCCUCCUGUCUAUGUUUUGUUGUUUGUUAUUGAAGAAUCUGUUGAUGCAUCAUUCAAUCGUCACUGCAGGCAUUGCAAAUACGUGGGUUGGGGGAACCAUAUGAUUUGCAACAAGAAGUACCACAUUCUAGUGCCCUCAAAGGACACAAUAGCGACUUACUUGAAUUGUGAAGGAGAUUACAAUGAGUCAAAUUUUACGAAGGAUAAGUACAAUUUAUUAGUGGAAUUACAGGGGCAUAUCAUGCAUGGUGUGUUUCACUCCAAUGGGUUCGGGCAUUUGUUGUCUGUCAACGGUUUGGAAACAGGCUCAGAAUUGGCUGGAUACCAAAUCAUUCAAUUUUGGGAUCGCUUGUGCACCAGCUUGCAAGCAAGGAAAGUGAGUUUAAACGACAUUUCACAGAAGAGAGGCAUGGAUUUGAGGCUGCUUCACGCAGUAGUCUACGGCAAGCCCUGGUUUGGCCGUUGGGGUUACAAGUUUGGGCGCGGCAGCUUUGGCGUUACUGCAACAAUGUACCAAAAAGCCAUCGAAGCUAUUCAAGGCAUGCCUCUAAACGUACUCAUCCAUCACAUUGGCACCACUUACCAUGGCAUUCCAGGAAUAUUCUCCAGGUACCAAAAAUUGUCAGACUUUUCCCUUGUAACACUCCGCGAUCUAUUCCAUUUCAUUUUUGAGCUCAAAUCCCACCUUCCAAAAGAAACGUGCGUCAAUUCUUGGCAUCCGGGAAUCUUAGUUGAUACUACGACGUGUAGAUGGUCUCCCAAGAGAAUCGAAAUGGCGACUCGGGCUGUUGUUGAAGCAUUAAGGAGGGCAGAAUUCAAGUGGGUGUCAAGACAGGAAGUGCGUGAUACUGCGCGGAUGUAUAUUGGUGACACUGGCUUACUCGAUUUCGUUCUGAAAUCACUAGGGAACCAUGUGGUUGGAAAUUUCUUGGUUCGUCGCAGCCUAAAUCCGGUAACAAAGGUCUUAGAGUACUGUUUAGUGGACAUCUCCAAUGCUUUUCCUAAGACUACUGCUGAUGAAUGUUUGGUACCCGAUAACACAAAAGUGAAGACAGAAUACAACAUUACGAGGGUUCAACUGAUGAAGGAUCUGUUCUACUUGUACAAAUCCAUCCUCAGAGAUCAAAAUCAAGCACAAAGCACAAACAUAGGUACUGUAAUCCCAGUUGCCGCAAGGAUCAUUCUUGACACCAAAUUUCUUAUAAAAGAAUACUGUAGUGGGGAGUCGCCAUCAAGAUCCGAAAAAGGGAAGGAAGGAGUCUUCUGUACGGUACAGUUGGAACGUGAGAUAAAGAAUGCAACGCCACCGUAUGAGUGUUUCAUUCUGAAAGAUAAUGCUACCGUAGGCGAGCUUGAGCUAGAAGUUGAAAGGACCUUCAGAGAAAUGUACUGGGGAUUGAGGAGCUUUUCCGUGAGUUCUAUAAAGGGUUUGAAUGCCAAGGGGCCAGAUAUAGUUUCUGAAAUAGUUGGAUUGGGUGAUAAACUUGUGUUCGAGGGAAUCAACACUAUGAAUAAUCAAGGAAUUAUUGUUGACAAGGGGGUUUAUGAAAGCAGUGAAAAUGAAUAUGUUGUGGAUUGUCCUUGCGGAGCAAGUGAUGACGAUGGGGAACGAAUGGUGUCUUGUGACAUAUGUGAAGUUCGACAGCACACUCGAUGUGUUAAAAUUCCCAGUAAUGAAGAAAUCCCCCACAUGUUCCUUUGCAGUCGCUGUGAGCAAGAUAUUUUGCUCUUCCCUUCUCUAGCUUAGAGGUUUAUAAGCCAAAUAUUUGUAGGUAAAUUAAUUAUGUAAUUUUUUGUUUCAAGUGAUAAAUAAAAUAUUUUUAUGUUAGAGUUA